UUAGAAGAGGGAUGGACUAUAAUUAUGCAUGUUAACACAGUCUGCUGUAGACAAUAAAAAUCCGGAAUCAAAUGGCUAAUUUAAGGACUGUGGAACUGCCUGAUCUUACAAUAGCAGACAAGCACAUGUUAUUAAUGUUCAAAUGAUCUCCCAAGAAACUGAAAAGCUGUCAAAAACAACAGAGAUAAUGGGACCUAAAUAAGCAAAACAGAAACCCUGCACUAGUAGAUAAAGGUGUUGCGUCUUUUCUUGUGUAGAUAUUGAAAUUUUAAUCUUUAAGGUCACGUGACUCAUUAAAUAAUUAAUGCAGAUAGUCAGGAAUGGAUCUGUGGCCGUCAGGUCUCACUAGGAGUGAUUCUCUCUGAAGUGAAACUCAACUUCCUAUCUGAGUUUUUUAAAAAGCCCCGAUUUGUCUUGAAAGAGUCUAAACUUCUUAAGAAAGCAGUAGGGACUAUGUUGAACUCCAGUGCACCGAAAAAGACGAUUUACUGAGCGAUAACAGCAGGAAACAAUUCAGUCCACUGUUAGAAGUUUUAGGAGGUCUACCAGGAGAGGCCAUUGGAGGAAGAACGUCACGUGACAGAGGGGUGCCAAUGUUAUUCUUUAAGGGUGUCAAGACCCUGUCAGUUUGUGAAAUAAAUAUUGGGAAACAACGAAAUGCAAAAAGCGACCUACUACGACAGCUCUGCAAUCUAUGGUGGCUACCCCUACCAAGGAGCAAAUGGUUUCACUUAUAAUGCUAGUCAGCAGCAAUAUCCUCCAUCUUCAUCACUUGUGGAAACUGAAUAUCAUCGACCUGCUUGCUCUUUACAGUCACCUGGCAGUUCUGUGUCCCACCAUAAGACCAAUGAAAUCAAUGAGAGUUGCAUGAGGACCAUCACUAGCCAACCCAUUCAGCCCCCAGUUAUUUCAGAGCAGCAACAGCCUCCAGCCCAGCAGGCAGCACCUCCACCUCCACCCUCUGUCUCACCACCUCAAAAUGCCAGCAGCAAUUCUGCCCCAGCUAACACUACCAAGAGCCCAGUUAUUAACUCACCCACCAUGUCCAAACAAAUAUUCCCAUGGAUGAAAGAGUCUCGACAAAAUACAAAGCAGAAAAACAGCAGUUCCAGUUCAGGUGAGAGCUGUGCUGGUGAUAAAAGCCCUCCAGGGCAAGCCUCCUCUAAAAGAGCACGUACAGCUUAUACAAGUGCCCAGCUGGUAGAACUGGAAAAGGAGUUCCACUUCAAUAGAUACCUCUGCAGGCCAAGAAGGGUAGAAAUGGCUAAUUUGCUCAAUCUCACAGAAAGACAAAUCAAAAUAUGGUUUCAGAACCGCAGAAUGAAAUAUAAAAAGGAUCAAAAGGGAAAGGGCAUGAUGACCUCUUCAGGAGGACAGUCCCCAAGCAGAAGUCCUGUGCCUCCAGCUCCUGGGGGGUAUUUAAACUCUAUGCAUUCUUUAGUAAACAGUGUUCCCUAUGAGCCCCAGUCUCCUCCAUCAUUUAACAAGCCUCAUCAAAAUGCCUAUGGCAUCCCUGCAUCAUAUCCGGCUCCUCUCAAUAAUUGUCCGCCUCCUCAAAAGAGAUACACGGGGACAGCAGCAGUUACUCCUGAAUAUGAUACUCACCCUCUUCAAGGCAACAGUUAUGGAAAUCCACAUAUACAGGGAAGCCCCGUCUACGUGGGGGGCAACUAUGUGGACACCAUGACCAAUUCUGGGCCUUCCAUCUUUGGUCUAACUCAUCUCCCUCAUCCUUCCUCUGCCAACAUGGACUACAGUGGGACUGGGCCAAUGGGCAAUAAUCACCACCAUGGACCUUGUGAUCCACACCCAACAUACACAGACCUUACUUCUCAUCAUCCUUCUCAGGGAAGAAUUCAGGAAGCGCCCAAACUCACCCAUCUGUAACAGACAUGAGUUACUAAGUGGAAUGAAGUCCCCAACUUUUUAAAAGUACUUCCCACCCUUCCCUCCCAUCUCCCUCUAUUUUUGUUUUUGUUUUGUUUUGUUUGGUAAAGCGUUCUAUAGUUUACGUGACGUAGCAAUAUUUGUUGCUUGAAUUGCUCUAUAGUUUCAAUAGUGAAUAUUUAUCUUCUUGAACUGUAGCCUUGUGUCUCGCUUUGGGAGUAUACAUAGGCUUUAUACUUUACUUCUACACUUUUAUCAAAACAGGGUAUAUGAACAAAUUUUCUAUAACAAUAAUUCUGAAAUGUGAAUUUGUUCGUACAAAUUGAUUGAUUGAUCCCACGGGGAAGCAAUUUUUUAUUGCACUUCUUUUAAAUAGCGAGAAAGAAAUCAAAGGCGCUUGAACAGGGGCUCCCUGGACAAUUAUUAAUACGUGUUAAGUCUUUCAAUGUGUGUAUGCUGGUGAACAUUCAGAUUUAUUUAUAUUUUUUUUAAAACAUUGAAUAAUCUAAGUGUUUAAAAUUUUAUUUAUCCCCAUCUGUUCAUAUUUAUAUAUAUAUAUAUAUAAAAUUCUGUACCAUGAAUAUUCAGGAGGUAUUUACCUGGCCGUAUGUUAGAUGGCAUAUUGGCAUAAGUAGGAAAUAUCAUUUGAAAGGAAACUAUUACUCCUUUAUUUAAAAAUAUAAUAAUGCAAUAAAAUCUGAAAAAUUGAUCACAAAUUGAAUAAUUUAUGCUUGUAACAUCCAGCUAAAUGCAAAAUGUGUAAACCUGAAAAGACUAGAUUUGUUUUGAAAGUUAUACAUUCCUUGCUGCUCACAUUCUGACAAAAAUAAAGUUUUUAUUCUGAAUAAUAAAGAGUUAAGAAACGGUUAUUUGUUCAAAAAGACCCAAACCAUGUGAUCACUAAGUGAACAGAUAUAGAUACACACACACACACACACACACACACACAAAUAUCCGAUACCCAACCCACGUAAACAGCCCCUUCUGUUUUCCUUAUCAAGGUUUUAAAACUGCAGUGAAUUGGCAAAUCCCAGUAUGUCUUAUGAGCUGUGACAAUUUCAGCGUUGAAAAUACCAAGGAUGCAAACGAUCCGCCUUUUGUGUCCAUAACGCUAGGUGCUGAGCUGCCGGCAUGCUUUACAGGCACUGCUAUUGGGAGGAUAUUUUUGUCUGAAUAAUAUUUAUUUGGGUCAGAAACACAACCACGUUUAUUUCGCAAACAGCACUGCUUCACAUAAAGCUCGGGUGCCCGCGCCGAACAGAGUGAUUCCUGAGACAGUGCUCGUAAGGGUAAGCUGGUCCUUGGUCUAGGGAUGUUGGAUUUCGCCAUGUUGGGCUUUUUUUCCCCCCUGCAGGAACCCACUUCACCAACAGCCGUCCAUAUGGAAAAGGCUCUUCUCGCCUCUGCACUGGAGGGACCUUUGGAAAGCUUGGAGCUUUCUACUCCCACACUUUUCCUCCCAGGGUCAGAACAGACAAUUCAUCGCCUGUUACAUUGUGCCGGGAGGAGGGGGAAAUUAAAUAAAGCAAAGAGAGCUAAGAAUAAAAAUAAGAUAAUGCACAUGGAUAUUUUUAAGGCACAAAUUAAAAAAAAUUAAUAGUGAGAAAUACAGUUCAUCACCCCACUAGAGAAGAAACCAGAAUAAACCAGCAGUUCAGGUUUGUGUACACUUUUCGGAAGCAAAGCUUGUUGUUCAGGCUCAUAAACAGGAUUACAAUGUAGUUCGGGAUAUUUUCUUCUCAAUAUGUUGCUUCCUAUUCGGCUAUGGUUUUAAAAAAAAUGACCCGAUUUAUUAUUUUUUUCAUUUUUGUUAAUCUGGUUUCCCACCCCACUUCACCUCCUCCCUUUUUUGGCCUUGGUGGGGGAGGGGAGACAAGUGGGCUCUAGCUUUUGGUUAAAAAACGCAAUUUUGCAAAAUACUUACUCUCUGCAUGGUUUUCGAUAAUAAAUUAGCAAGGUAUUCAUAUGCAAGGCUAUUCCGAUAGGAAUCUGUAUUAACUGGAAUCCAGAGAAGCGAAUCAACAUACUAAAAUAAGAUUUUUAUUUCAUAAUACUAUGUGACCUUAUUUUUAAAAUUCAGACUAUAAAUCAGGAGGGACCUUAAUAGAUUCGGGUGAAAUAUACACAUGUAUGUAUAUAGACACAUAAACAUAUGCCAUGUAGAUAUUAACCCAUGCUGUUCAGUAUCUGUGUCUUUUUAAUGCACAGGAAAAAUGUCGCCAUUUUGGUCUCACUCUAAAAUAUUAUUAAUCGUGAGUCUUUAUCUUGUUCUGAGAAUCAUCCUUGCUUGAAGUUUGUUGAAAAUAUUAUAAUGUAUCCACGAAUCUAUAUAUGUGUUCUGCAAAAUAUAUAUAUAACAUUUCAGUCAAAGAAAACGAUUUUGUAUGUAUUUAUUUUGUAUACAUAUAUAUGUAUUUAUACCUCAACUGAUGAAGAGGUUGCCUAGAAUCUGUCUGAUAUUUUUCAUUGAAUUAUAAUAUAUAUUCAAAACUGACCUAGGAUAGAACAUUAAUGAGAAGAGGAAGAAAGUAUCUUUUGGCAAUUGAUAAAUCCAGAAAGGAUUAUUUAGGAAAUGUUUCUGUUUUAUUUAAACAACUCUUGUUUUAGGC